AUGCCUUCCACAAGCGGCACUCCUCUGAGAAGCCCUGGUCUCAAUCCAGCUUCAGAUUCUCAACCCACUCCCUUAUUUAGGUCCAUCACACAAGACGAUAAUGAUUCCAGCUCAGAACGGGGAGGACGCGGUUCUUCCUCUGUGCGACGGGACUAUGGAACACUCACCACUACCUCUGUCCCAGCUGGACAUCGACCUCAGAGUGCUGCUGCUAAUCCACCUGGCUCUCCUCCAUCAAGACGAGACAAUACCGAUACCAGUACGGCCAUACUAUCCCCUCAGCCUUCAACGCGCGCAAAGCGACCAAGUACAAUGAGAAGAAUCUCGACUAUGAGAAAGCAACUUCCCCACCGAGGUGAACAGUUUUCGGUCGAUGACGAUCCUACUGAGGUGGAGACCGAUCGAAUUCCCCUGCCUCCAACAACACCUACUCAGCAGUCAUUUUCGACCAGCCGACACCAGUCUACAGUCCGUCGGCGGACUCAAGCCGUAGCUACCUUGCCUCGUGUUGAUUCGGCUGAGGAAGAGGCCGAGCAGAGAACAUUAGAUGAACAAGAACCGGCUCAGAUAUCACAGGAAAUCGAGGAGCAAGCAUCGCCAGAAGAGAUUGAUGAGAUCGAAGGCGACUUGGCUGACUCGGAGGAUCCAGAUCUGAGCGAUGCGGAGAGCUUCACCUUGAAAGACCGGCAACUUGCCAUCAAUGAGACACACCCCUUCGGCAUCAGAAUAUGGAAGCCUGCCCUCUAUAAAAAGAAUCGUUCGGUGGAGAAGACUGCCGAAGAAGAUAUUCACUCAUCCCCCAGUCAGAUCGUGAGCAAUUGGCUCUGGGUAUUCAAUUGCCUAUGGACCGUACUCUUCGGCUGGUGGUUGGCCCUUGCCGCUAUAAUCGGCGCCUUGGUCUGCUUUUUGUUCGCCUUUGACCCCAGUGCGGCCGCCUAUGGGAGAGUCUUCUGGUCUCUUGGAGGCUAUCUCUUCUGGCCCUUUGGCAAGUUCGUUAAGCUCGAGCAAGACGAAAAUUAUGCCGAAGAAGACGAGGGCGAGGGUCGAAGUAUCAGUGAGUAUGAGAGAUGGCAGAGUGGAGAUCUGGAGUAUGGCCGUCUCAUGUUUGGCCCCACCAUCACACACACCGGUUCUAUUGUUGGUCGACAUAGGAAUAGUAUCGAUUCUGCCAGCGAGACGGACAGUCUGCUUGCACGAAGUGGUCGAAGUGAUCGACAGGACACUUCUACGAGUACCCGAAACAAACGACGUCUUUUCGGCCGUGGCCAAUGGACCCUGGGAAGAGUCAUCUUCUUCGUCUUCUUCUAUUUCAAUGUGGCGCCUCUGAUGCUUCUCGUCUCGAUGAUCUGUUGGUUUAUGGUCUUCUGGAUACCCAUGGGACGCGUUACCCUGAUCUUGUUCUAUCACCUACGCAAGCGACCGCUCUCCCUGACCUUCCAUCGCGAUGUCUCAUACGCCCGGAGCUCUGCAAAGCCAUCGUCAAUCAUAAUCUGCACGUAUCGUGCGGUUGGGACGAAAUACUGGAAGUACACUAUUGACGGAACCAAUAUCUUUUUGAUCAACUUCCUCGCUGUCGUGGUCUUCGUCAUACUGGACUACUUCGUACUGGACAUCGCAUUAGGAUUGCACAUUUGGCUCACUAGCCCGGCCUUGAUGUUCACAUUGGCCUUGAUCUCCAUCAUUCCCCUAGCAUACUUUAUUGGUCAGGCAGUGGCAUCUAUCUCGGCUCAGUCAUCCAUGGGUAUGGGAGCCGCGGUGAAUGCCUUCUUCUCCACUAUUGUGGAAGUCUAUCUCUACUGCAUUGCCUUGAAUGAAGGCAAGGGGCGACUGGUAGAAGGUAGCAUUAUUGGCAGUAUUUUCGCUGGCAUCUUGCUGUUACCCGGGCUUUCCAUGUGCUUCGGUGCUAUCAAGCGUAAAACUCAACGAUUCAAUGUCAAGUCUGCCGCGGCAACAUCGACUAUGCUAUUGUUUGCUGUCAUUGCAGCUUUCGGACCAACUCUAUUCUACAAGAUCUACGGCAGCCACGAAUUGAUCUGCAAAACCUGCUCAGCAGCUGACAUGGGAAGCCCGCGAGACUGCAGACAGUGCUACUUCCGACAAGUGCCUGCCGUGACCGAUGAUUUCUUCACCAAGGCAGUGCGACCCUACUGUUGGUUUGCCGCUGUAUUGUUGUUCUCUUCCUACAUUAUCGGCCUUCUGUUCACACUUCGAACACAUGCUGCAAUUAUCUGGACCACAGAGGCCGACGAAAAGAAGCCGCAGGUCGCACAGCAUAUUGCUGAAGUGAGCCCGAUGGAUACUCGACAUCAUAGUGCAGGGAACUCCCAGCUCCUCCCUAUUCCCAACGGAUCGUAUGUGCCACGUGCGGCUAUAAGAGAGUCACAGUUGUACAAGAGGAUACUGGGCCACUCUUUGAGAUCGACUGGGCUUGCGGAAGAUGGUGACUUUGCAGCCGAGCCAGAAGCAGCUCCCAUUUCCAAGGCCGAUGCGCAAGUCGAGGCCAUUGACCAUCAGGCGAAGGCGGAUUUGCCCUUCAUGGUACCACCUAAAUCAAGCCAUGGAUCUGAACGCCUUCGCAGUCCCGUCCUGCGCCCAGUGGUUCCUGGCUUGUCAGAAGAGGACAACAAUAACCUUGUUCGGCAAGUCGCAGAAAUUGCCGCUACUGCCGCCACGGUCGCUGCUAGAGACGCUGUCAAUCACCCUAGGUCGACCUCAUAUCAAGUGACUCACUCCUACAAAUCAGAUACACUGAAGUCCAACCGUCCUACAGCGACGCGACAUAGUACGGUCGCGGAUGCUGCUGCUGCUGCGAAUGCGGCUACGGAAUUUGCGGUUCACGGUACUACUGAAGGAGGUGGUCACGAUGCACCAAAUUGGUCACGUACAAAGUCCUCAGUAAUAUUGUUGACUGCCACGGUAGCUUACGCAAUUGUGGCCGAGGUUCUCGUGGAAACAGUGGAUGUUGUGCUCACGUCUGUUGAUAUUGAUGAGAAAUUCCUGGGAAUUACAUUAUUCGCCUUGGUUCCCAAUACAACAGAGUUCCUCAAUGCCAUCUCAUUUGCUAUGAACGGUAACAUUGCAUUGAGCAUGGAAAUCGGAUCAGCAUAUGCCUUGCAAGUUUGCUUGCUUCAGAUUCCAGCAUUAGUCUUGUUUUCAGCGGUUCAUGGAAGCUAUAUCGAUCCGACUGACUUGAUCGAUCAUACUUUCAACCUCAUUUUCCCUCAAUGGGAUAUGGUGACUGUGAUCCUCUGUGUGUUCUUGCUCAGCUACAUGUCAGGAGAAGGCAAGAGCAACUACUUCAAAGGAAGUAUUUUAGUACUCACGUACUUGGUGGUGUUGAUGGGAUUCUACUACAGUGGGUUUACUACUCUUAUGAUGGGUGGUGACCCCCAUGAUACACUUGCGAUCAUGUCGAGUAUGGCGUUUCAACACCAACAGAUGCAAGCAGCAGCAGGAGGAGGAGUUGGUAUGGGAGUAAAGCCGAAUGGAAGGGAGCUGUAA